ACCUAAAGUCAUCACUCUUUCUCUCUCUCCUUAAUAUCUCUCCACACUCUCUCUCUAUAUCUUGUGGGCUUUGAGCUGUGAUUUAGCUGUCUCUAUAAUUCUUCUCCUAUAUCUCUCUCCAUCUCUCUCUCAUCUCUCCCCAUAAACUCAUCUCUCUCCUCUCUCCCUCUCUCUCAUCCAAACCCCCCUGAAAAACCCAUCUCUCUCUCCCUCUCUCUCCCAUCUCUCUCCAAUCUCUCUCCCUCUCUCUGCUGCAUUUCGAGAAAUGUUACAAGGAGCCUAAAAUGAACUACAAAAUCAAUCAAAACCCUUUUAUAUUCGCCGCUUUGCUGCUUGUUUUUCUUACAUUUUUGAGCUCCUGUGAAGCCUAUAGCUUCAAUGGGAGGCUGAGCGAGAGUGAAGUUCAUUACAUCAAACACAGACAGCUCCUGUACUACAAGGACGAGUUCGGAGACAGGGGCGAAAAUGUCGCGGUGGACCCCGCUUUGGUGUUCGAGAAUCCGAGGCUCCGGAGCGCUUACAUUGCUCUGCAGGCGUGGAAACAGGCGAUAAUUUCGGAUCCGCUGAACCUAACGGGCAACUGGGUCGGAUCUGAAGUGUGUAACUACACCGGAGUUUUCUGUGCUCCGGCGCCGGAAAAUAAGUCCGACCAAACAGUCGCCGGAAUUGAUCUUAACCACGGGGACAUUGCUGGGUACUUGCCGGAGGAACUUGGGUUGUUGACAGAUCUCGCAUUGUUUCAUAUAAAUUCGAAUAGGUUUUGUGGCACGGUUCCCAAGAAAUUCAAGAAAUUGAAGAUUUUAUAUGAGCUUGAUAUUAGCAACAACAGGUUUGCUGGAAAAUUCCCUUAUGUAGUUCUUGAUUUGCCGAAUUUAAAAUUUUUAGAUCUUCGAUUUAAUGAGUUUGAGGGGAAGGUACCUAAGGCAUUAUUCGAUAAGAAUUUAGAUGCAAUUUUUAUUAAUCAUAAUCGGUUUAAGUUCUCAAUUCCGGAGAAUUUUGGGAAUUCUCCGGUGUCGGUUGUUGUGUUGGCUGGAAAUGAUUUUAAGGGCUGUCUUCCUGCGAGUAUUGGUAAUAUGUCGAAAACCCUUAAUGAGGUUAUUAUGAUGGAUAAUGGUUUGAGGUCUUGUUUCCCUUCGAGUAUCGGAUUGUUGAAAGAAUUGACUGUUUUGGAUGUGAGUUAUAAUGAAUUGGUUGGCCCUUUGCCGGAUAGUCUUGGUGGGAUGAAGAGUUUGGAACAGCUGAAUGUAGGUCAUAAUAUGUUGUCCGGGGCUAUUCCAGAGAGUAUUUGUGACUUGCCGAGAUUGCAGAAUUUCUCUUAUGAGUAUAACUUCUUUACUGGGGAGCCUCCGGUUUGUUUGAGGGUUCCGGAGUUUAGUGAUAGGAGGAAUUGUUUGAAGGGGAGACCAGGGCAGAGAUCAGGAGGACAGUGUAAAGGGUUUUUGAGAAAGAAGGUUGAUUGUUCGGCUUUUAAGUGUGAGCCUUUUGUUCCUAGCUUGCCUGCUCCACCACCACCGUCUCCACCUGUCCCGGUGCCUUCACCGCCUGUUUAUGUUCCACCACCAGUGCCUGUGCCCGUGCCUUCACCUCCUGUUUAUGUGCCUCCGUCACCACCCCCUGUUUACUCACCUCCACCGCAAGUAUAUUCACCACCUCCACCUGUUUACUCUCCGCCACCACCACCGCCUGUUUACUCUCCACCUCCACCACCACCGGUUUACUCACCACCUCCACCUCCUCCCUCACCGCCUCCACCUGUUUACUCACCACCCCCGCCUCCUCCACCUCCACCACCAGUUUACUCACCACCUCCAUCCCCUCCUCCUCCACCUCCAUCUCCCCCUCCACCAGUUUACUCGCCACCUCCCCCACCUCCAUCUCCUCCGCCACCAGUUUACUCACCACCUCCACCGCCUCCAUCGCCACCUCCACCAUCUCCUCCACCGCCAGUUUACUCACCACCCCCACCCCCACCACCGCCUCCACCAGUAUACCCAUCCCCUCCACCUCCUUCACCGCCUCCACCAGUAUACUCAUCCCCUCCACCUCCUUCACCGCCUCCACCAGUUUAUUCACCACCUCCACCCCCACCAACUACAUACCCGCCUUGUAUACGCUCACCACCACCUCCAUCACCAUCACCUCCACCCCCACCUGUGUACUCUCCCCCAAUGCCAUACAUUUAUAACUCACCACCACCACCUUCUCCACACUCACCACCACCACCCCCUCAUUCGCCACCACCGCCUCAUUCACCACCUCCCCCACCAACUUACAUCUACUCAUCGCCCCCUCCUCCACCCCCACAACAUUCCCCACCACCACCAUCCCCGCCUCCUUGUAUAGAACCCCCACCCCCGCCACCACCAUGUUCCGAGUACUCUUCACCCCCACCACCUACACCAGUCCCGUAUCAUCCCCCUCAAUCACCACCACCACCGCCUCCGCCAUCAUCCCCCGUAUACUCAUCCCCGCCUCCACCAGUUCAUCAUCACAGUCCGCCACCACCAGUUGUUCACCAUCAUUCUCCCCCACCGCCAAUCAUGAUCCCACCACCUCCCGUCUUUGAAGGUCCAUUGCCUCCAAUAUUCGGGGUUUCCUAUGCCUCUCCACCACCCCCUCCUUUCUAUUAAUUCUUUUAGAGAAUUUUCCCUGAUGAUUCCUCACAACCACAAACUUAUACCGAGAAAAAAAACAACCAAAUUAAUUUACUUGAUCAUCUUCUUGUCUUUCACUUAUCUAUUAUACACCGUUGGCAGUUCUCAUUAUCCAGAUGAGGCUUGAAAAUCGUAAUCUGGACUCGGGUGACCCACAUUUGAAUUCUUUACAACAAGUAGCAGAAGCAGCAGUGAAGCUUGGAAAACAAGAGUGAAAGGUAAAUUAAGAGGAGAAAUUAAGUCUGUCUCAAAGAUUUAUGAUUGAAUAUAUUUAUCGAUAAAUUUGAGUUGUGAAAUAAAUUUCAAAGUAGGUUGCAGGGAAUUUGUAUGUAUAGAGACCAUAAAAAAUCUUCAUAGAUAGUAUAGCUCAAAGCAGUUGUUCUUUCUCUCUGUUGCUGCUUCGGGUUUGUGGGUGGAUUCAUUCGUGUUUAUCUCUCUAUCUUUUUUUCGUUCUUCAUUUACUAUUCAUACUUUUUAUCCUAUUUUUUAAUUUUCUGGCUUGGAAUUUAUAGUAUGAUCAUGAACAUUUUACCUGUA